AAUUGCUACAACAUGCUUUGCUUUCUACUUCAGGCCAUGCAGCAUUGUUACAGAAGAACCACUCUCUACAGCAACCGCCUCCCCUCCUCAAGCAACUGCCUCCUCCCUGACACCGUUCCUUCAUGCAGAAAUUGCAAGGCCCUGCGAGCUCCAAGCAGCACCAGCAGCUUCUGCCUCCUCCCUCACACCACUACUUCAUGCAGAAAUUGCAAGGCCCUGCGAGCUCCAAGCAGCACCAGCAGCUUCUGCCUCCUCCCUCACACCACUACUUCAUGCAGAAAUUGCAAGGCCCUGCGAGCUCCAAGCAGCACCAGCAGCUUCUGCCUCCUCCCUCACACCACUACUUCAUGCAGAAAUUGCAAGGCCGAUGGAGGUUGCAGCCACAGACGUGCUUUGUGAGCUCCCAAGCGUGACAGCUUCUGCUGACACACUUAAUGCAAUAAAAAUGCCAUCACGGAUAAGAGUUCGCGGCCGACCAAAAGGAGCCUCGAAAACAGUCAUUGGGGUACCAGCAAAACGCCGUCGCCUUGGCAGCAAAGCUCCGACUCCUGUAUUGCAUGGUGUGCCACAGGAGCAAUCUACAAGUGCAGAGAGUAUUGAAGGCUACGAAAUGAGUUCGAGAGGCCACCAUGCAAGGACCAAGAAGCCUGGCCUAGUCAAGUUUUUUGAGCUACCAUUAAGAACACGGCAACUCAAGAUGCUCGAGUGGUUUGUCUCAAAGUCUAAAGCAGAGGAUGUACUGUUGAGAAAUACCUUAAUAGAGGAAGAUGAUGUUGAAGUAUUCCCAAGCCGAGUCUCGGAAGCUGCCCUUGACGAGGCUGUUGAUCUGAAUGUGAUUUCCGGAUACUUUACAGCUGACGGUUGGGCAGCAGUGUGCAAUCUUAUAAGCACCAAGAAGACCAACAUGGUGUGGAAAUGCAACUUGUGCAGAGAAACCUUAGAUGCAGAUUCCAUUUCAUGUGACUCCUGCUUACAUUGGUUUGAUGUAGUUUGCGCACGAGUAUCCAGAGCAAGACUCUCUGCUGAAGCGCCAUGGUUUUGCGAAACAUGCUGCAGGAAAUAAAUUGUGUUCAUCUGUUUCUGCUGCAUGUUGAUAUGUGAUUGUGCAAUAAGAUGUCAGUGCAAUAAAAUUGUUCCCUACAUUGGUGGGCA